CGAGUGGGGAUUAGGGAAGAGAGGCAGCCUUGCUGGAGCUGUGUGGUCUUCCCCAAGGGUGAGCUGCAAGCAAAAGAAGAACUACCUAGCUUUGGGGGAGAAGAGGGAGGAAUCGUCUCCAGCAGCUCGGAGGGAAACAUAAACCCCCACGCUUCGUUCAGAUCUUCACACUAACUCUCACAUACCUGUGGUGCUUAUGAAUUAUUGGCCUCCUACUUGUGAAAGAAAUCUAACACUGUCCUCACCAUUUACAGGUGAGAUCAAAAAAAAAGACUGAACUGAGGGAGAGUGGGAAAAAAAUGACAAUAUUUCUUUCUUGCAUAAGAAAAAGGGUUUGCCUAUAAUAAAUUCACUGAGCAAGACAUACAGACUUCUGUCCAAUGCUAUGAAAAUUAACCGAGGCACAUUAACUGCAGGAAAUCUUCAAAGGACAGAGAAAGAAGCUGUAACAAACAGUUCUGGAGACUUUGAAGCACAGCCACAGUGCUGAGGUCUUUGACUGACAAGCCUUCUGCUUUCUUCUUCUUACAGGGCUCCUCCUACAGAUGUUCUGAACACGUCUGCAUCCCAGCAAUUUUUUACUGCGCCCAGGUCUUGAAAAUUAGAGCUCAGGCACUUUUGGAUCAGUCUUUUCAUUGAAAUACUGGAACUACUAUGAAGUCUUCUUGGUUUGCACUCAUCUUGGCAGUGCUCAGUACUGAACUGUUAACAAGUCACUGUUCCACUGUCAAGUCCCCGAGGUUCAGAGGACGUGUGCAGCAGGAGCGAAAAAAUAUCAGACCAAAUAUCAUCCUUGUACUCACAGAUGAUCAAGAUGUGGAGCUAGGGUCCUUACAAGUGAUGAAUAAAACCAGAAGGAUUAUGGAGAAUGGAGGGGCUUCUUUUAUCAAUGCAUUUGUAACCACCCCGAUGUGCUGCCCAUCGCGUUCCUCCAUGCUGACUGGGAAGUAUGUUCACAACCACAACAUAUACACCAACAACGAAAACUGCUCUUCUCCCUCAUGGCAGGCUACUCACGAGCCACGUACCUUCGCCGUGUAUCUCAAUAACACUGGGUAUAGAACAGCUUUUUUUGGGAAAUACCUCAAUGAAUACAAUGGCAGCUACAUCCCUCCUGGGUGGAGAGAGUGGGUUGGAUUAGUGAAGAACUCUCGCUUCUAUAAUUACACCAUUUCUCGCAAUGGUAACAAAGAGAAGCAUGGAUUUGAUUAUGCAAAGGACUACUUCACAGACCUAAUCACUAAUGAGAGCAUUAAUUACUUCAGAAUGUCUAAGAGGAUAUAUCCCCAUAGGCCCAUAAUGAUGGUCAUCAGCCACGCUGCGCCCCAUGGCCCCGAGGAUUCGGCACCGCAGUUCUCAGAGCUCUACCCCAACGCUUCACAGCAUAUCACUCCCAGCUAUAACUAUGCACCAAACAUGGAUAAGCACUGGAUCAUGCAGUACACGGGGCCCAUGCUGCCUAUCCACAUGGAGUUUACAAACGUCUUGCAGCGCAAGAGACUUCAGACCCUGAUGUCAGUUGACGACUCUAUGGAAAGAUUAUACCAAAUGCUUACAGAGAUGGGAGAACUGGAGAAUACCUACAUUAUUUACACUGCUGACCACGGUUACCAUAUCGGGCAGUUUGGACUGGUCAAGGGGAAGUCAAUGCCAUAUGACUUUGAUAUUCGAGUUCCUUUCUUUAUUCGUGGUCCAAGUGUAGAGCCGGGAUCAGUAGUGCCUCAGAUAGUUCUCAAUAUUGAUCUCGCUCCAACAAUUCUGGAUAUAGCAGGACUUGACACGCCUCCAGAUAUGGAUGGCAAAUCUGUCCUAAAACUUCUGGACUUGGAGAGACCAGGAAACAGGUUUCGAACAAACAAGAAGACCAAAAUUUGGCGUGACACAUUUCUGGUGGAAAGAGGCAAAUUUCUACGCAAGAAGGAGGAACCCAACAAAAGCACUCAGCAGUCUAAUCAACUGCCAAAAUAUGAGAGAGUAAAAGAAUUAUGCCAACAAGCAAGAUACCAGACAGCCUGUGAACAACCAGGACAGAAGUGGCAGUGCACGGAGGAUGCUUCCGGCAAACUUCGAAUUCACAAGUGUAAGGUAUCUAGCGACAUACUUGCCAUCAGAAAAAGGACCCGCAGCAUACACUCCCGGGGAUACAGCGGUAAAGACAAAGACUGCAACUGUGGAGACACUGAUUACCGAAACAGCAGGACCCAAAGAAAAAAUCAAAGACAGUUCUUGAGAAACCCUAACGCGCAAAAAUACAAACCCCGAUUUGUUCAUACUCGUCAAACCCGGUCCUUAUCUGUGGAAUUUGAAGGUGAAAUAUAUGACAUAAAUCUUGAAGAGGAAGAACUGCAGGUGUUAAAGACCAAAAGUAUCACCAAGCGUCACAAUGCUGAAAAUGAGGACGAAGCAGAGGAAACUGAUGGUGCUCCUGGUGACGCAAUGAUCGCUGAUGGCACUGAUGCUAUAGGUCAACCCAACUCUGUCAGAGUGACACACAAAUGUUUUAUUCUUCCAAAUGACACUAUUCACUGUGAGAGGGAGCUGUACCAAUCCGCGAGAGCCUGGAAGGACCACAAGGCUUACAUUGAUAAGGAGAUUGAGGCUCUCCAAGACAAAAUUAAGAAUUUGAGGGAAGUUAGAGGACACCUAAAAAGAAGAAAACCAGAUGAAUGUGACUGUAGUAAACAGAGCUAUUACAACAAAGAGAAAGGGGUAAAGGCCCAAGAGAAACUCAAGAGCCAUCUUCAUCCCUUCAAAGAAGCAGCACAAGAAGUGGAUGGCAAACUGCAGCUGUUCAAAGAAAACCGGAGAAGGAAGAAGGAAAGGAAGGGGAAAAAGCGCCAGAAGAAAGGAGACGAGUGUAGCCUUCCUGGGCUGACAUGUUUUACCCACGACAACAACCACUGGCAAACAGCACCGUUCUGGAGCUUGGGCUCUUUCUGUGCUUGCACAAGCUCGAAUAACAACACCUAUUGGUGCUUGCGAACAGUUAAUGACACCCACAAUUUCCUCUUUUGUGAGUUUGCGACUGGCUUCUUAGAAUAUUUUGAUAUGAACACUGAUCCCUAUCAGCUGACGAAUACAGUACAUACAGUGGAAAGAGGCAUUUUGAAUCAAUUACAUAUACAGCUAAUGGAACUGCGAAGUUGUCAAGGCUAUAAGCAAUGCAAUCCGAGGCCGAAGGGACUUGAAACAGGAAAUAAAGAUGGAGGAAGCUAUGAUCCACACAGAGGACAGUUAUGGGAUGGAUGGGAAGGCUAACCUGCCCAAUUUCACUGGCGACAUCGACUGGCAAGGACUGGAAGACUUGUACAGUGUGAAUGAAAGUGUAUAUGAAUACAGAUACAACUAUAGACUUAGUCUGGCUGACUGGACUAAUUACUUGAAGGAUGUAGAUAGAAUGUUUGCACUGCUGAACAGUUACUACCAGCAAAAUAAAACAGACAAGGCUAACACUGCUCGAAGCAACGGGGACGGGGAUGAAUCAUCCACGCCGUUUACCUUGGUGGAAAUGACUUCUGCUGAAGAAUCAAGCGGCCUGCCCGCAGAAGAGUUGCAGCUUAUUGUGCCAACGGACUUGGCAGCCCUCGCUUUGAGCACAGUGAAUUUAAGUCAGGAGAGGAAACUUGAAUUAAACAAUGAUAUUCCUGAGAAAAGUAGUUUGAAUGGCGCACACUGGAGAAAUAAUCAUCAAGCUGAAAAAUGGAUGGAGGAUAAAGAAUCGGACCGUUUUGAUAUGGAUUUCAGUGGAAACGGUUUGAUAGAGUUGGAGUC